AGACACGCCAUGACCCGAUGAGUCUCUUCUCUUCCUUUAUCAUCGAGCCCGUCGUGCGCCAUGCUCGCCGCUUCUCAGGCGUGGUUGCGCCAAGCGAGGCGAGUGACAACGGACGUCGGCCUGAGCCUCCUCUAGCAUGUGACAAUCACGACUCUCCGCCCAACCCACGCCCGCAUCGCGACACUGCACCUGGAGCCACCACGCCCGGCGCGCGUCAGGAGAAUAUUGCCCACGCAGACCCAGCCGCGCGCCCCACUGCCCCGGCCGGCCCGUUUGGACGCUUCUCGUCCUUGUCCCAGCCGCCUCACAGCGCUGCUGUUGCCACAGACGAGGAGCGCCAUGACCGACACCGCCUCGUCGAAAUGUCCACGAAUCCAUCCCACCCUCUCGCCGAGCAGUUCCGCCGCCUGCAAGUAGACGCCGAGCCCUCGCAGGCACCGCGCCCCGCCAGCAUCGCCAGCCAGAAUGCUGUCCCAGCAUCGGAAGCGCUGCCUGCAGACGAUGGCAUGGCCCAUCUCCGCAUGCGCAUCCACGAGAUCAGGGCCCUCGACAUCUCGGACCAGGAGCGCGCCCGCAUGGUGCACAACCUCAUGACGGAGAAGUACAACUUCAUGCGCCCGACGUCGCCAGCCAGCCUGGUGUCACACGACCGCCCCUUCACCCCCGCCUCAGGCGAGUCUCUCUUCUCUGAAGUACAUGCGUCGUCGCCGUACUCGUCCACCUCGGAUGCCGACCUCGAUGCAGCGUACAACCUGCGCGAAGGGGACACCCGCCCUACCUACCGACCGCAGCACCACCAGCACAGCGCAGAGCAGGCCGAGGAAGACGAGGACGAUGUUGCCGAGGGAGAGUUUGUCCUUGGCUGCCAGCACUACAAGCGCAAUGUCAAGGUGCAAUGCUUCGAGUGUCGCCGUUGGUACACGUGUCGACAUUGCCACGAUGCCGUCGAGGACCACAAUCUGAACCGAAAGAUGACACAGCACAUGCUGUGCAUGGCGUGUGGCACGCCCCAGAAGGCGAGCGAUACCUGCAAAAACUGCGAGACGCAGGCUGCAUGCUACUAUUGCGACAUUUGCAAGUUGUGGGACAACAACAGUAAAAAGAAAAUCUACCAUUGCCCAGACUGUGGCAUUUGUCGAAGAGGGGAAGGUCUGGGCAAGGACUUUUAUCACUGCAAGAGUUGUAACGUCUGCAUGUCCAUUUCCCAUGCAACCUCACACAAGUGCCUGCCACGCGCAACUGAAGGUGAUUGCCCCAUCUGCGGUGACCACCUCUUCACCUCAUCUACUGCUGUUGUCUCAAUGCCCUGUGGCCAUUAUCUGCACAAAGGCUGCUACAACCUCUACAUGCAGACUGCGUACAAAUGUCCCAUAUGCAAGAAGAGCGCCGUGUGCAUGGACCUGCAGUGGCAGAAAUUGACGCAGGCAAUUGAAGGCCAACCCAUGCCAGAGCAGUUUGCAAAUACGCGAGCGGUUGUCCAGUGCAACGAUUGCUCUGCCAAGUCGUCGGUCAAGUACCACUGGCUUGGCAACCAAUGUGCCUCAUGCGACUCUUACAACACCAACGAGCUUCGCAUUCUGAAUGGGCCAGAGAGUGAGGAAGCUGCCAACGCGAUACUAGACGCCGACAUAGAUUCGGGGUCGCGAUCGCCCGUAAGCGUCAGCUCUCCCUCGUCACAAGCGCCGCUUCGUUCGCCUCGAUAUUAUUUCCAACCGGACGAGCCAGAAGAGACAUGGCUUCCAGGUCAACUGCCCUCUUUCCCCUUUCAAAUGCCGCAGUUUCCGGGAAGGCCUCGGAUGCCGCAGAUGCCUCAAUUUCCGUCUCUACCCAACUUCCCACAGAUACCUCAAUUUCCACAGAUACCCCAGUUUCCGCAAAUGCCGCAGAUGCCACAGAUGCCUCAAAUGCCUGAUGCUGCACAGCAAAUGCUUGAACGAGUCCGUAGAUCAUUUGAUACUUACCUGAAUCCAACUGGAGACGUUCGAGCUGAAGAUGUACCAAUCAUUGAUCUUGGAGAUGAGGAAAGUACUGAGCGAUCCGCGACGGAUGGCACCAAGGUCAAAGAGCCUUCUCUGCCUCAGUAUGUGUUGGAGCGGCUUACGCAGUCUUUGGUGCGAUUCAGGAACGACCUGAACCCAGCGUUGUUUGAAGACAUUCCAAGCCUGGACUUGGCGGAAGAUCACGAUCACGACCCCGAUGGGCUGGAGUUCUGGGGUGAAGACGGCGGACGCCUGAAUCGCUUUGUCGCCGGCGACGAGGGGGAUGACGAGGACGACGAGGACAGUAGCAGCGAUGAGAGCGAACACUUUGACGACGACGAUCAGGACGAGGAUGAUGAUGACGACGAAAUGGACAAGAAGAAACACAGCAAAAAGGAGUUUGACCUGCCGGGUCAUGUCUAAGGUGCGGUACGGGCGUUUUGGGCAUGAUGAAAAAGCGUAUACUGUAUAUCGUUGUGUGAGCGGAUGAUUUAUUGGUUCGGCGUUAUUUCGGUUUGAUCCCUAAAAUCUUCAGAAAACGCAUUGUAGAUAGAUACGGAUACCCCAAUAAUG